GAUGAACAACUCAGGAAAUCAGUAUAAUAAUUCGUAAGAGAAAUAACCAUAUAGCAUUAUAAACAGAAGCGUUCCCAAGAUCACAAGAAUAAUUCAGCAUUCCUUCAAUCAAUAGCUAUCAAAAUAAAGAAACUUCCUGAAUUUCAAAACCAUCAAACUGACAAAUUUAAAUCGCUAGGAAGUUCUAAAGCCUUUCCAAAAGAAGCUGAAGCAAAUUCCUGCAAAUAAGCCUCCGAUCUACAAUGCUGAGGUAGCUAAAUUCAGGGAUAAAAGAGUCGAUACCAGGACAAGCUCCAGCUCUAAAUAAAGUUGAAAGCUAUGAGGCAGAUUUUGCGUACAAAUCAGUCAUCCCUGAUACUGGCAUGAAUACUUAUCUUACCCCAGGCUUUCAAGAUUCCAAGAUUGAAGAAAGAAAAGUUCGCAAGACUAAGAUCAAUCCUGAUAAGGAUCUUCUCUUGGCUCGAGCCAUUCUCGAGAAUGAAGAGGAACUUCUCAAGAAGAAUCUCGACGGUCAGCAGAAGUACUCUGCUGGAGAAAAGUACAACAAGAUCAGGAAUAAGCCAAAUUCUUCAACACCAGGUACGAAUGUGGGCAAGACCCCAGAAUCAAGUACUGACAAGAGGAUAUUAGGCAAGAAGAACAUGCAUAUUUCCAUCAACGAGCAGAUUGUCUCUAAAAAGUCUUCUAAUAAGUCAUUCGUUUAUCGGAUGAAUUCCUCCUUUUCAAAAGAGUCUCCAGUUAAAAAGCAGAGGGCGACCAAAGAGGCCAAUUUGCCUAGUAUAAACAACAAAACUUCCGAUGCGAGUCAGCCAGAUGGGUUGGUUAGAAAAUAAAGCAGGUAAACCAAGCAAGGCUGAAAAUGACUCCAGGAUUACCAAAUCUCGUGAUGGGCGCAAACGACAGAGAGAUAAAUCAGCUUUGAAUAAUUCAAAAACACAAUAUAACAUAGAACUUCAGAAGCUUAAACAAGCUGGUGAUCUCAGAUGGACGCCCAAAUUAUGUGUUGACAUCCCCAUGUCUAUUGAACGCAUCAAGUUCAGUCAAUCAGCAUAUGAGAAUGAUAAUAAAUGGAACUACAGGAUCAUGGGGAAAGAGGACUACCAGAGAAGAGAGCAGAUCAAAAAGUUAGAGUCCACCUCACAAACACAGGUGGUUUAUGACAGUCUGGAUAAAAGUCCUUUUUACACAGACUCUAAUCCUUACAUUGAUGAUAAAAAGCUGUUGGAGGCUAAGAAAAAUUCAGGUUUUGUGAAUCCUAAUAUAAAUCCCAGAGGUUAUCGCAGGCAGAAAGGUAUUACAGGAAUUCCAAAUAAAGACAAGAUUUACACAAGUCUUAACCCUUACUAUAUUCUUGAAAAUGAAGAGGACACCACUCUGGUAUUCGAGAGCAGGUUUGAAUCAGGAAAUUUAAAAAGGGCUGUAAAAAUUGAGGAUUAUGAAUAUGACUUGAUCCUUCGUAAUGAUUAUAACUCACAAGGAUACACACAAUGGUUCUAUUUCAGAGUGACCAAUACAAGGUCUGAUAAGAAAUACCUGUUCAAUAUCUACCACUUCUACAAGCCAGAGUCUAUCUAUAACGAAGGGAUGAGACCUCUCAUAUAUUCUAAAAAGAAGGAAGCCAAAGAAGGAGUUGGAUGGAUGAGGAUCGGAGAAGAUAUCUGUUAUUACCAGAAUACCACCAAGAGGAAGUCAGGGUCUGGCUUCCUUUACUCUCUCUCAUUCAGCUUUGACCUGCCUUUUAAUGAUGAUGAAGUGUACUUCUGUCAUCAUUACCCAUACACUUACAGAGAUUGUAAGGAAUUCUUAGAUAAUCUCUGAACUGAUAGCAGGAGAGAAGAAAGAGUUUCACAAAAAGAUAGAAUUCGUAAAACAGAGAUUUGAAAAUCCCUUGCAGGCAAUAGCUUAGAUUUAGCCAUCAUCACUAACUUUCUGAGUUCAGAGCAGGACAUCUCUCAGAGAGAUGCAGUCAUAAUUACUGGAAGAGUUCACCCAGGGGAAUCAAACUCCAGUUUCAUAGUUGAAGGCAUUCUGGAAUACCUUGUUUCAGACGAAGUUGAGGCGAUACAAUUAAGGGAAAAAUAUGUCUUCAAAAUCAUUCCGAUGCUUAACCCUGAUGGAGUGAUCCUUGGAAAUUACAGAUGCUCACUUAGUGGGCAAGACCUUAAUCGUCAGUGGAUAGCUGCAACAUCUCGAGUCUUCCCAGAAAUUUACAACAUGAAACUCAUGUUCAAGAAGACAUUAGAAAGCAGAAGAAUAUUCAUGUAUGUUGAUGUGCAUGGUCAUUCAAGAAAAUAAUAAUUGCUUCAUGUAUGGUUGCAGCAACAAAGCUUCUGAUAAGAAGAAUUACGAGAAAAUAUUUCCUAUGAGGUUCAGUGAACUACAUCCAACAUUUUCUUUUGAAGACUGUAGCUUUAAUGUCCAAAAAGAUAGAGAAACCACAGGAAGAGUUUUUGUAAGGAGAGAAUAUAAUAUAUUAAAUUCCUUCACCCUUGAAUCCUCCUUCCUCGGUGCAAGUAAAGGAAUCUACCAGGAUACCCAUUUCACUCCUGAACAACUAAAAGAUGUUGGAAGGGCUUUUUGUAAGACCCUGAAUGAUAUCGAAAAUCCUAAAAUAAAGGCUUCCAUGCUAAAGAAGCUGUCAAGUUAA